AUGUCGUCACAAGGAGCCCUGGAUGAUUCUGCGGUAAAUGCAACCUCGCCGUCAAUUUCACCCUCACCAGAACCGGCCGAUCAUGCUUCCUCUACCAAUGGGCGGCCCAACGACAAAUCGAAGAAACGAGCCUCUGCCGACGACGGCUCUGAGCCUCCACACAAGGUUACAAAGCGACGUGCCGCCCGGGCCUGUGUAUCGUGCCGCGCGCGCAAAGUCCGAUGCGAUGUGGUUGAGGGGGCUCCUUGCGGAAACUGCCGCUGGGACAAUGUCGAGUGCAUUGUUCAGGAGAGCCGCCGGAGAAAAAAGAAUCUCGUUACGCCUAGCAUCGUGGGGCAGGGCCAAUCAGCCGAGGCUCAGCUGCGCAGCAAAGCACCCCCGACUAACCCGAUUGCCAUCAACAGCGCAGAUUUGCGACGAACCAGCGGUGGCUCCUCUCUCUCACCCGCAAGCCUGGACCCUUCGAGCGGUCUGCUUCCCAAUACCGGCAUCGAAGGCCAUGUGCCUCACAUGAUCUAUCAACGCUCUGCGUAUCGCAACGAGCCAAUUUUGCUCAGUAAGGGUCAACUAUCAGAUGCCAGCCGAUCUCCCUGGGCGAACUCGGCCACUUCCGUUCGCACCUCACAGUCCAUCAGCCUCCUUGGCGAUGCAGAGGCGAGUGCCCAGCUGCCUCCGUUCGUGCGGCCGUUGCCUAGCAAAAUCUCACCAGAAGAUGUUCGCUACCUGCAUGCAAAGGGUGCGCUAAGCAUCCCUUGCCUCUCGCUGCAGAAUGCGCUCCUGCGGGCUUACAUUGAGUUUGUCCAUCCCUACAUGCCUCUGAUGGACCUUGUGCCCUUUCUCAGCACCAUCAACCGCUACGAUGGUUCAGAAGGUCAGAUCAGCCUGUUUCUCUACCAUGCCGUCAUGUUCUCUGCGACGGCUUUCGUCGACAUGAGACACUUGCGCGAAGCGGGUUAUGCCACCCGUAAGGCUGCCAGAAAGGGCUUUUUCUUAAAAACGAGGCUCCUCUACGAUUUCGACUACGAAUCAGACCGCCUGGUCCUUGUCCAAGGGCUUUUGCUGAUGACGUAUUGGUAUGAGACACCCGACGACCAGAAAGAUACCUGGCAUUGGAUGGGGGUGGCGAUAUCCCUGGCUCACACCAUUGGGCUUCAUCGCAAUCCAGAUGUUACCACCAUGGCCGUGUCGACCCAGAAGCUCUGGAAGCGCAUAUGGUGGUCAUGUUUCAUGCGCGAUCGUCUCAUUGCUCUGGGCAUGAGACGCCCGACGAGAAUCAAGGAUGAGGAUUUCGAUGUGCCGAUGCUUUUGGAGAGCGACUUUGAGCUGACCGUCUUGCCGGACAGAAUCACCGUCGUUCCUCCGGAAUGCACGCUAAUGCGCGAUAUAGAGAUGCAGCGGGAGCUUGCCACCAUGUGCAUUGCCAAGGCGAAGCUCUGCAUUUGCAUUAGCCACAUGCUAAAGGCGCAGUACUCUGUUCUUAUUCGAGACAAUAUGAAGCCUGAGAACACCACAAACAGCACCAUGAUGCUGUUCCCCAAUAAGAAGCUGGACAACCUGGACAACGUCAAGAUUGUCGAUGCAGAGCUCAAGGAAUGGGUGGCGAACCUCCCCGAAUGCUGUCAGUAUCGCAUGCUGGUUCCUGCAGACACCAAGAACGGCAGGCCGACUAUUGCGGUUCAACGAACGCUGCUCCACAUGGUAUACCACACUACCAUUUCUGCUCUGCAUCGUCCUCAGUUCCUACCAUCGUCCCCCACGCAAGCACCGACUGUAUCUCGGCAGGUGCAGGAGAUGUCACGCCUCAAGGUGAAGGAUGCGGCGACACACAUUACGAGCAUGGCUACGGAGCUGCACCACCUCCGCCUGGAGAGAUAUCUACCUACCACAGGUGUGACAGUGAUACUCCCGGCCAUGAUUAUCCAUCUCUUGGAGAUGAAGAAUCCAAUGCCAGAGGCUCGCGGGCGAGCAACAAGAGGCUUCCGCCAGUGCAUGCGUGUCAUGGAGAAGCUGCGCGAGAUUUAUGCUGCUGCAGACUAUGCCACCGGGUUCCUGGAUGCCGCUCUCAGGAAGGCAGCUAUUGAUAUCAAUGCUACGGUCGAACCGUCGACUUUGGCAAUGAUGAAGGAAGUCCCACCAGAGUUUGGCACACACACGCCGCCACCUGAAAAUGCGCCGUAUAUGACGGCUUCCGAGACACUUUUCAAUCAGAAGCCCAAGCCAGUGCAGAAGCCAAUGGGGCCUCCUCCUACUGCUCAGGGGACCGAGGUGGUCAACUCUCCUCCACAUACUGAAUUUGACACUUCCCACUUGACUCCGAGUGUUAGCGGCGGCUCGGAUGAAAUCCACAUAGAAAUGGACAGCAUCCUGGACGUGGACUUUAUGCAGGGCCACGACCAAUUCGAUUGGAACGCGGUGGCUGGCACGGACUUUGAUGUAGACCAGUGGCUGCAGUUUCCUCCUGAAGGCAUUACCGCCAACGACGAGACGCUGAUGGCCUCUGCAUUCACUGGUGCUACAGGAACGGAGGAUGCGCUGGAUUGGGUCUUUAACACCGCUGUGGAUGGCACUCUUCCGGCAUAA